UGAGCGAGCAGAGAACAGGUGAGUUUGUCUGCAGCUGGAUGGAGAUCUGCUGAGAAGAUGCUGCCAGGCUGGAGGGCCACCGUGCUGCUGCUGCUGCUGCUGCAGGCCUGUGGGAGUCAAGCUCAGAGUGGAGACGGAGACUCAGACAUAGAACUUCAGCUCAGCUGCGUCUCCCACAUCAGCAUCACAAACAACAGUCUGACCUGCCAGCUACUGAGGCGCAGCAGCGAUGAGGAAGACGAGGAACCGGAGGCAGAAAGCAUCCAUAAGAUGAGCGUAUGCCUAGAAGUUUAUGGGUAUGGCAAAAAGUGGCGUUGCUUCCAUGCUAAAGGAGACACGGUGACAUCACAACAACUGCUUCCCACUUCGUCUGUGAACGUGACCGUGAAGAGGAAGGGAGGGGGCACGGUUUCAGCCAUAGUCAAACUGCGGGAUAUAGUGAAGCCACUCAGUCCGAAGGUUUGGAAUGUGACCCUUGAGCCGCAGCUCCGCCGGGCCGUGGUUUUCAUGCAGAUCCCCUACAGCAAUGACUACCUGACUUUGGAAAACCAGCUCUUCCAGUUCAACCUGUGGACUAAAGGCAGCAACAUUACCCAAAACAUCUCGUCCCAGAACUUCCUGCCUAUUGACAUGCAGCACCUCCGCCAGAACUCUGAGUAUGAGGUGAGAGUGCGAGCGAUCCCUAAUAGGGGGUGGAAGGGAACCUGGAGCGAAUGGAGCGAGGUGUACACCUUCGAGAUCCCUGGAGAACCGCAGUGGCAGACGACCGUGAACAUACUGGUAGUGAGCUUCAGCUCCGUGGUGCUGCUGUCCUUGAUCAUCAUCUUCUGGAGGAACAAAAUCUUCACCUACAUGUGGCCAAGCGUCCCGCACCCCAAACAGACUCUGAUUCAGAUCUGCAAACCCAACAAAGGCCUGCUGCUGAACCUGAACCCUGAGGUCUUCAGUUCCCUGAAGGUCUACCCGCAGGAGGAGGCCCCUUCUGAGGAGGCAGAGCCGUCGCUUGGUCCCGCUGCUGCUGGUGGGUCCCCGUCCAGCUCAGCCCAGAGCUCCGACUGCAGGAGCACCACCAGCAUCAGCACCGAGGAGCUGGAGAUCUCAGCCCUCCUCAGCAGGAGCUCCUCGGAUGGCGAGGACAGCCUCCCGAGGGACAGCACGUCCCCCGUCAACGUCCCGCAGCAAGAAGACCAGGCUGGGAACCUUCAGCCUGACGGACUGAAGCAGCCGGAGGAGGCCUACGUCACCAUGUCCAGCUUCUAUCAGAUCAAGUAGGAGAAGAACCGCUGGAGCAACUGAACUGAUCAAACUUGUGGGAGCUGUUCCAACUGAAACAUCUGAGCAGCUGGUAGAAGGAAGUUCUUCUGACCUUCCUCCAAACACCACCAGCUGUAACUUAAUGAUGGCUGUUCCCUGAACCUCGCAGAAUAUCUAACCUUCACCCCCCCCCCCCCCCUAUGUUUGAGCUUUAAUCCGCCAGCCUAGAUCUUCCACAGUGGUUUUCAUGUUUGGAAGCAUUAAGAAAACCAGUUCUUGGUCCAUGGAUUUAAGGAACGUGAGAAGAUCAGAGAGAGAAAUGUCCAGACGUUCAUUAACCCAGGAGCUUCCAACAGGCCUGUUCAUUUAUCUGGAUCUGAUGAUUUGCUCCUCAGUGUCUGACAUUCUUCAUAAUGUCUGAUGUUCUUUAUCAUUUCUGACGUUCUUCAUAAUGUCUGACGUUCUUCAUAAUGUCUGACGUUCUUCAUAAUGUCUGACAUUCUUCAUAAUGUCUGACGUUCUUCAUAAUGUCUGACGUUCUUCAUAAUGUCUGACGUUCUUCAUAAUGUCUGACGUUCUUCAUAAUGUCUGACGUUCUUCAUAAUGUUUGACAUUCUUCAUAAUGUCUAAUGUUCUUCAUAAUGUCUGACGUUCUUCAUAAUGUCUGACAUUCUUCAUAAUGUCUGACAUUCUUCAUAAUGUCUGAUGUUCUUUAUCAUUUCUGACGUUCUUCAUAAUGUCUGACGUUCUUCAUAAUGUCUGACGUUCUUCAUAAUGUCUGACGUUCUUCAUAAUGUCUGACAUUCUUCAUAAUGUCUGACGUUCUUCAUAAUGUGUGACGUUCUUCAUAAUGUCUGACGUUCUUCAUAAUGUCUGACGUUCUUCAUAAUGUCUGACGUUCUUCAUAAUGUUUGACAUUCUUCAUAAUGUCUGACGUUCUUCAUAAUGUCUGACAUUCUUCAUAAUGUCUGACGUUCUUCAUAAUGUCUAAUGUUCUUUAUAAUGUCUGACGUUCUUCAUAAUGUCUAAUGUUCUUUAUAAUGUCUGACGUUCUUCAUAAUGUCUGAUGGUCUUCAUAAUGUCUGACGUU